AUGAAAUGGCGAAAAUUAUUUUUAGUGAAACGUUGUUUCAAUAGUUUUAUUACCUUCGUCAGUCAAUCACAUAAAACAAAAUGGUCAAUCAAUAGAAUUUUGAAAUUACGAUGGAUCAAAUGCAUUAUCAUAACUGGUAUUAUGCUAUUUUUUCUGCUUCAUUUUCUUCGCUGGAAUAUCGGCAUUAGACCAAUAACACAUGCUGUUCAUGAUGCAAAUGUUACUUUGGCAUUGAAUAAAAGUAUAAGAACGACAUUUCGUGUAGAGAUUCAACGCAUAUUCGAUAAUCAAAUAUUACAUAGAAAUAACAAACUUCUCACACAAUUUUCUGGUCAAUAUAGAGAGAUAUCAUCGACAUCAUUAAAUGAAAAUAGUACCAACGAGUAUUCACUCGAAGACAUCAUAUUCAUUCUUACUACUCAUACAAAACGUAUUUUUACGACAAUUGAUUAUGUAAAGUUUUGGGCGACUCGUCCCGGUAUCAAUUGUCUUAUCGUUUUCCACGAAACGGAUUUUAUGAACUAUACCAAUAUCACCGACUUUCUUCUUCAACAAGGAGUUCUUUGUGAGAUACAAACAUCGCCAGUGGAACGUUAUGAACAAAGAUACUUUGAAUUAUUCUAUAACGGUUGGAAAAAACAGGAAAGUGAUAGUCAUCAGAAUGAACGGAGGAAGAUACAAUGGUUUGCUGUGGGCGAUGAUGAUACAAUUUGGUUUGUGAACAAUCUUCUGCAUGUUCUUCGUCAAUACAACGCAUCCGAUAAAAUUUAUUUAGGAAAUAUUUCAACUAAGAGAUUGCAAAUCAGAAAGCAUGGAGCUUACUAUGCCUACGGUGGUGCGGGUAUUGUUUUCAGUCGGUCGUUAGCGUUAUCAUAUGUACAGCAUCGCCAACAAUAUGAACGAUUUUACUACACAUAUGGUGGGGAUGAAAUGAUCGGUAAAUGUGUUGUUGAAGAGUUAGGAGUGAAUCUAACACGAGACCAUCAUUUCCAUCAAAUGGAUCAUUUAGGAAAUAUGCUUGGUAUGCUGGAAAGUGGAAUGGAUGGGUUGGUUACUUUGCAUCAUGUAUUCAAAAGUUGGAGACCAUUUUCUGACGUUCAUAUUGAUCUGGUGAGUGAGACGAUGCGCCGUUUCAAUAUUGCCUAUUCUACCUUCGACAAAUCCUUUCUAAAAAGAUAUCUUUACAUCAAUCGUAAGAUGAAUCAAAGCGUGCUGUUAACUCUAGGUUAUUCAAUCAGUAUAUUCAAUCGCAUCUUGACUGGUGAAGAUUUAUCAUUAGUUGAACAAACCUGGUGUUGUGAUGAGAUGAUGGAUCGAAGAUUUCGGGCAGAAGAAACAAACAAGACGACUUGGUACUUUCAACGACUUAUCAAUGAGACCGCCAUCGACGGUAUCAAAUAUGUAAUGAUUUACGAAGGUAAAAAGCGUCAGAAUGAUCUAUAUUCAACUAUAAAAGUAACAGUCAAAGAGUGA